CCUUCUACCCUUUGGUUUUUAAGCCCACCUUUUGACAUAAGGACGUUAAAGCAAUCAAGAUGAAGUUGACACCGGAGCUCAUCACGCGUGCACCAUGUUAUUUGAAUCCUCUUCAGGACAGAGAGCUCGAUUUGCGAAGCCACAAAAUCCCUGCUAUUGAGAACCUUGGAGUGACAAAGGACUUGAACGAUUCGCUGGAUUUGACAGAUAACGACAUUCGACAACUUAGCAAUUUUCCAUCGCUUCCGCGUCUAAAAUGUCUUUUGCUUAGCAACAACAGAAUCAGCAAGAUUGACUCCAAUUUGAGUCAAUACUUACCCAAUCUUACCAUAGUAGUCCUCACGAAUAACGCUAUUACUGAACUCUCAGAUCUAGACGGACUUGCAGGAUGUAAAUCACUUGAGGUUCUUUCUCUUCUUGACAAUCCUGUGGUAAAGAAAAAGUAUUAUCGUGAAUGGGUCAUUUGGAAGAUACCAAGUAUCAGAGUGCUUGACUUUGAGAAAGUAAAGAAAAAGGAAAGAGACGAGGCGAAAAAAUUAUUUGAGGGCAAAGCUGGUCCAACCGCACUAGCAGAGUCAAUUGCGGCGACGAAAUCAUCAACCUUCGAGCCUGGCGAAGGCAUCCCCCUACCAUUAAAAUCAAACGUCCCAACGUUAACAUUAAGUAAAGAGGAUCAGGAUAAGAUUAAGGCUGCUCUUGCAAAAGCAACGACAUUGGAGGAAAUUACAAAACUAGAGAGGGCAUUGAAGGAGGGUAAGCUUCCAAGUUAUCUGAAAGAUCAGGACUCGACUAGCAGCAGCAAGAAAUCGAAGAAGCAAAAAUUAUCCGCCGAUGAUGGUGAAGAAGAAGAGGAGGAAGAAGAGGAAAAAGACUCACAAGUGCAGCAGGACGUCGAGAUGGCCUAAGAGCCUUUUUUUGCAUAUUAAUGUACGUCAACA